AUGAACAUGAGAUGCCAACUUUCAGCUACUAUUUUUCUUGUGUUAAUUGUUUCUUUUUCGAAGUAAGUAUUCAAAAAUCUUCAAUAAUUAUGAAAUCUGAGCUAAUUCCUUACAGUUCGCUUCCAUCUUCAUAUACUUCAUCUUUGAAUGAUCCGCUUCUUGCUUCUCUGGGUCUUGGUAACAAUCAUCUUUAUUAAAAGACCUCAAGUACUGGAAUAAAAUUUCAGGUUCGAUGGGAAUGCCAAUGAAUGGAAUGUACGGCGGAAUGCCUCCUCCAAUGCCCCCUCCAGGAAUGAGUACGUUAAACUUAUCGGUUAAUUCCAGAAUUGAAAGUUAUUUAAGGUCCUUACGGAAUGAAUGGCAUGGGUUACGGCAUGAUGGGAAUGCCAAUGGGUGGAAUGUACGGAUCUGGAAUUUCACCGUAUGGAAUGUCACCGUAUGGAAUGGGAUCUAUGGGUGGUACGGGCCUCGGAUCACAAAUGUCUUUCCCAUAUAUGGGAAAGAAAUGA